AGAAGGAAAUUACAACAAAAGGAAAUCCUCCAUAACCUUGUGUAUAAAUAAGCUGAGAUACUCUCCUCUUUUUACCAUUCAAGUAGAGAAGGAGAGUCAUAGUAUUCAUAUCCAAACUCAAUGAAGCUCUUUCUGGUGAUCACCCUUUUAAUUCUCUCCACUCUCCUUUAUGAAGCUCAAGGAAUAAAUAGAAAACUAAUGACAGAAACCAUCUCCUUUAGUACUACAACAAGUGCUAGCACCAUCACUUACAAGAAGCACAACAAUGAGGAAAACAAAGGUCAUGACCUGAAAUUGGGAAACAAAUCUACGGAAGAUAAUCUUGCUGUUGAUUUAUCAUCAAAACACUUGAAAUACGGAAAGACCGAAGCCAACCCACCAGGCUAUGCAGAUAUUAUCAACCAAGUUUCGAGAAGACGUCAAGGAGCAAAGGCAACAUUCUUCAUAUUUCACUAUUAG